AUGAUCAAUUGGUUUGAUUACGUCCCAUCUGAGAUCAGUGGGAAAAUUAAACCUCUUUCUUCUGUUAUUUCUAAAGAUAGUGGUAACCUAUCUUCCAUGGAGAAAGUAUUGGAAGACCACUCGUCCCAGUCGUUUGUCACCACUAGAUUUCAUAUGCGAUUCACGAAAGGUGAGAAGAUAUACACAGUCCAGUUGAACGAGUCCGCGGUUUAUUUGUUGUUGUAUACAGAUGAAUGUAUGUAUUCCAAACUUGGCAAAGAAACAUGUUUGGUCAUCGAUAUUGCACUUGCAAAAGGUGGACCUGAAGCAAUCGUCGAGUCAUUCUACUCCCUGAUGAAGUGCCACAAGAAAGCUGGUGGUUAA